UGUACUUGUAAAUUCCUAUAUCUGUAAACAGCCGCAAGUACCGUACAUUUGGGCUAAUAAUAAAAGGCAGACAAGGAGAGCUUAGAGGAGAGUCCAGAGAGGAAAUUCCACCCUGUAUUUAUUUGCCUGAACAGGUCUCCAUUCAGAAAAUGAUCCAGCGGGGUUUAAAAAGCAGCCCUGGAUCUGCUGGGACUCUGACUUUGAGGAGACAGCUGUGAGGGUAGAGAGUGGGCCAGUUUACAGAGUGCACUGCGAGUGAAAGGGUGAGCUCAGUGUCAUUGUAAUAUACUGCACUAGAGCUAUAGUGCACAAGGGGAUCUAGAAAAUAAAUUGAGUUGGGUGACCUGAGAUUUAACAAAAAAAAAAAAAAAACAGUGAGCAUGGCGAGUGAGGGAACAGAGGGCUUGGAAUGUGAGCUAAAAUUGUAUUGUGUAAACUAAGAGUGUGCAGAAUGAGAGAGUUUUUAAAAAAAAAAAAACAGUUUAGAUAAGGAAUAGAGAUUUAGGCAAGUGAACUUUAAGUGCUAAAAGAGUGAGCAGAAAUCCUGCAAAGUGGGAGUGUACAAAGUGUGGCGCGUGUGCUGUUGGGAAAAAGUGAGAUCAGGUCAAGCGGGUGUGAGUAGUGUUCUGAAGACAGGGGAAUCUGUGUUCUGAAGAGAGUAGAGAGAACUCACAUUGCAUAGCAUAAGCUGUGUGCGUGAAUGUGAAGUGUGAGCAAGGGAAGAGUAAUUCCUAAGUUGUUGGGCAUGUACAGAGUGAGCUCAGUGAGUGAGCUGGAAGUGCUGAGAGUGAGUUGAGACAAUACAGAGUAAACUAGAAACAAAGAGAGCGAGCUUUGAGGGAAACAAGGGAGUGAGCUUGGAGCUGUAAGUACCUCCAAUUCAACUCAACAAUGACCCCCUCCUUGACUGAACUGUGUGCCACCUACUGCGACCGUGGCUUCCUAACAGGGGUGCCAGCGCUAGACCCCGAAGAGCUGGAGAGAGCUACAGAGGGCUUCAGUAGAUUGGAGAGGGAGUUUGGGCUGGAGUAUGCCCAGUACAGUCUCCAUAACGUGCACUUGAAGUACCGCUGGGUGAUGUCUCUGGCCACCCAUCCCAAGGUGCUGGAGCUAAUCAAGGGGAUCCUGGGACCCAACGUCAUCCUCCUUGAUUCACGCUUCAUCUGCAAAUACCCGACCAAACAGAAGAGCCACGAAGCUGCCUGUGGAAAACAACAGAACAGCAGCACUCCCUGUGGGGAACUGCAAUAUCACAGCGCCCCCUGUGGAGGUCAGCAUAAUCACAGGCUUCCCUUUGUUGCCUGGCACCAGGAUAUCAGGUACUGGGGUUUUGAGGGGGGUUCAGUGGCUUCUGUGUGGCUGGCCCUGGACGACGUAGACCGAGAGAAUGGAGUCCUGCAGGUCAUCCCAGGAAGUCACCAUCAAGGUCUCCUCCCCCACAUCGCCUCAUCCCGCAUGGGGAACAUGCUGACAGCCAAUCAGGAGAUCCCAGAUCACCUUCUCAACACGAGUGAGGCUGUGGAGUGCCCUCUACAGGCCGGACAAAUGUCUGUCCACGAUGGUCUGACAGUCCAUGGCAGUGAGCCCAAUCUGUCCACUCGGAGGCGCUGUGGUUUCGUUAUUCGCUAUGUGCCAAGCUCUGCCUAUCCUGUUCAGGACCCAGAUCGUCCUCGCACCUUUAACGCUACAGUCCUAGUCUCUGGUGUUGAUGAGUACCAUCACUUUCCAAACAAUGCCCCCAAUCUUCAGUGAGGUGCAAUGCAGACCAUGGGGCCUAUUUUAAUGAUCUAAAUGGUGGUGGAUCUAAAUAGCUCAUACAUACUGUACAAUAAAAACACAACAAAAAGAGGUCCAUGAAAAAUCAGCUGUAUAAAUGAUAUGGUGGCAGUAUUAAAAUCUGUUUAAAUCGUUAAAAUAAACCACAUUGUUCUUUGGUUCUUCUACAGUUUGUCCUGUACAGAUAAGGCACCGGGCCUAGGAAGGUCCUUUCUCGAACAGGAAUCAAAAUGAAAGUGCAUGUACAGACGUGCUCAAAUUUGUUGGUACCCUUACAGCUCAUUGAAAUAAUGCUUCAUUCCUCCUGAAAAGUGAUGAAAUUAAAAGCUAUUUUAUCAUGUGUACUUGCAUGCCUUUGGUAUGUCAUAGAAUAAAGCAAAGAAGCUGUGAAAAGAGAUGAAUUAUUGCUUAUUCUACAAAUAUAUUCUAAAAUGGCCUGGACACAUUUGUUGGUACCCCUUAGAAAAGAUAAUAAAUAAUUGGAUUAUAGUGAUAUUUUAAAUUAGUUUCUUUAAUUAGUAUCACACAUGUCUCCAAUCUUGUAAUCAGUCAUUCAGCCUAUUUAAAUGGAGAAAAGUAGUCACUGUGCUGUUUGGUAUCAUUGUGUGCACCACACUGAACAUGGACCAGAGAAAGCAAAGGAGAGAGUUGUCUGAGGAGAUCAGAAAGAAAAUAACAGACAAGCAUGGUAAAGGUAAAGGCUACAAGACCAUCUCCAAGCAGCUUGAUGUUCCUGUGACAACAGCUGCAAAUAUUAUUAAGAAGUUUAAGGUCCAUGGAACUGUAGCCAACCUCCCUGGGCGCGGCCGCAAGAGGAAAAUUGACCCCAGAGUGAACAGAAGGAUAGUGCGAAUGGUAGAAAAAGAACCAAGGAUAACUGCCAAAGAGAUACAAGCUGAACUCCAAGGUGAAGGUACGUCAGUUUCUGAUCGCACCAUCUGUCGCUUUUUGAGCGAAAGUGGGCUCCAUGGAAGAAGACCCAGGAGGACUCCACUUUUGAAAGAAAAACAUAAAAAAGCCAGACUGGAAUUUGCUAAAAUGCAUAUUGACAAGCCACAAUCCUUCUGGGAGAAUGUCCUUUGGACAGAUGAGUCAAAACUGGAGCUUUUUGGCUAGUCACAUCAGCUUUAUGUUCACAGACGAAAAAAUGAAGCUUUCAAAGAAAAGAACACCAUACCUAUAGUGAAACAUGGAGGAGGCUCAGUUAUGUUUUGGGGCUGCUUUGCUGUGCCUGACACAGGGUGCCUUGAAUCUGUGCAGGGCACAAUGAAAUCUCAAGACUAUCAAGGCAUUCUGGAGCGAAACGUACUGCCCAGUGUCAGAAAGCUCUGUCUCAGUCGCAGGUCAUGGGUCCUCCUACAGGAUAAUGACCCAAAACACACAGCUAAAAGCACCCAAGAAUGGAUAAGAACAAAACAUUGGACUAUUCUGAAGUGGCCUUCUAUGAGUCCUGAUCUGAAUCCUAUCGAACAUCUAUGGAAAGAGCUGAAACUUGCAGUCUGGAGAAGGCACCCAUCAAACCUAAGACAGCUGGAGCAGUUUGCUCAGGAAGAUUGGGCCAAACUACCUGUUAACAGGUGCAGAAGUCUCAUUGAGAGCUACAGAAAACGUUUGAUUGCAGUGAUUGCCUCUAAAGGUUGUGCAACAAAAUAUUAGGUUAGCGGUCCCAUCAUUUUUGUCCAUGCCAUUGUCAUUUGUUUUCUUAUUUACAAUAUUAUGUUGAAUAAAAAAUCAAAAGCAAAGUCUGAUUUCUAUUAAAUAUGGAAUAAACAAUGGUGGAUGCCAAUUACUUUUGUCAGUUUCAAGUUAUUUCAGAGAAAAUUGUGCAUUCUUCGUUUUUUGUGGAGGGGUACCAACAAAUUUGAGCACGUCUGUAUCUAUCUCCUGGUAAUUGAUCAUUUUGAGGUCUUGUGUCUCCUGUGUAUGUCUUCAUGCAGUAAGUUUUGCAUUAAAGGAAGGUGAAAUAGGAUAUCUGGGAAUUGUCUUUUUUAUGAGUUAUAUAGUUAAGGUGUUUAAUGUGCUACUUCACCAAAUGAUCUGUUAUGGCAAUGUAAUGCUCCUUUCAGAUAGUUACAGCAAUUAGACUGGGCU